CUAUAAUAUGACCAAGCCGGUCUCGUUUACUUCUGCGAUUUCUAAACUCAUUUUAACCUGAAUGAAUUUAGGAAUUAAAUUUCAAUUCGUUAAUCUGAUUUUACAUAGACUAAAUCUAGUUUAGAUAUAGAUCUAAAUGAUUCUCGCUCGUUUUAAAUAUCGAGCUAACUGAACGCGCGGGUCUAAAUUUAGAAACUGUCGCGUUUAACGUGGGAGGUGAACAGCUGUUCAAAGCGCGGGGUUAGUCGUGGACCUUUACAGAAGAAUAAAAAAGCCGAUCACCAAACUUCGUAUCUUUUCUGUUGACGUAUUAGAAAAGGAAAGUAAAAAUGAUUUCCCUUUUGAGAGUUGCAAGACGUAUUCCCGCAAGGCUUUUGAAAAAUGAAAGGCCAAAUUUUAUCACAGCUCCACUGUCGACCACACCAGCACUGUUCGACUACACAAGGGUCAUCUACGGCGACUUCAAUGCCCUGCCCAACAAAGUGCGUCACUACGUUGAGGAAAGUGUUCGCCUGUGCAAACCAGACACAAUUCACAUCUGUGAUGGCUCAGAGCGUGAGAAUGAACUGCUGACGUAUAUUUUACAGAAAGAUGGGAUCAUUAAAAAAUUACCCAAAUAUAACAAUUGUUGGUUGGCAAAAACAGACCCAGCAGACGUAGCCCGUGUUGAAAGACUGACCUACAUCUCCUCAGAUUUGCAGAGGGACACAGUACCCACGCCUAAAUAUGGAGCCAAAAGUCAGCUUGGUAAUUGGAUGUCCCCUGAUGAUAUGGACAAUGAGUUGAACAUGAGAUUCCCUGAUUGUAUGAAAGGGAGGACAAUGUUCAUUAUUCCAUUCAGUAUGGGACCUCUUGGGUCUCCCAUGUCCAAGAUUGGCAUCCAGCUCACAGACUCUGCCUAUGUGGUGGCCAGUAUGAGAAUAAUGACUAGAAUGGGUACAAAUAUUCUUCAAGCUCUCAAAGACGACAACUUUGUGAAAUGUCUUCAUUCAGUUGGUCGACCUCUCCCUCUUACCUCACCUCUACACAAUAAUUGGCCAUGCUAUCCCAAAAUGACUUUGGUGGCUCAUUUACCAGAAAGAAAUGAAAUCUGUUCCUUUGGAAGUGGCUAUGGAGGAAAUUCUUUGCUAGGCAAAAAGUGCUUUGCCCUUCGUAUUGGCUCAAUUCUCGGUCACAGAGAAGGAUGGUUAGCCGAACACAUGCUGAUUUUAGGAAUUGAAAAUAAAACCACUGGAGUAAAGAAAUACAUUGCAGCAGCUUUCCCCAGUGCAUGUGGCAAAACAAAUUUGGCCAUGAUGACCCCAACCCUCAGCAAUUACAAAAUCACAUGUGUUGGAGAUGACAUUGCCUGGAUGCGCUUUGAUGACCAGGGAAGACUUAGAGCUAUUAACCCAGAAGCUGGUUUCUUUGGUGUUGCUCCAGGAACAUCUAUGAAAACAAAUCCUAUUGCAAUGCAGACUAUUAAAGCCAACACAAUCUUCACAAAUGUAGCAGAGACCAGCGAUGGUGGAGUAUUCUGGGAAGGAUUAGAAAAAGAGAUUGAACAAGGUGUGAAAAUCAAAUCCUGGCUCGGUGAUGAAGACUGGAAGAAAGAAGAAUCUGACCGACCCGCUGCUCAUGCUAAUUCAAGGUUCUGCACUCCUGCUGAACAGUGUCCUAUCAUGGAUCCUGCAUGGGAAGACCCUCAAGGUGUUCCUAUCGAUGCCAUCAUUUUUGGUGGCCGUCGCCCCACUGGUGUACCUCUGGUCUAUGAAUCUUUUAACUGGCAGCAUGGUGUGUUUAUUGGUGCUUCCAUGAGGUCUGAGUCGACCGCUGCAGCUGAACAUGUUGCUAAGCAAAUUAUGCAUGAUCCCUUUGCCAUGCGCCCAUUCUUUGGCUACAACUUUGGAGAUUAUUUGAAACAUUGGCUCAGUUUUGGGCAGAAAGAGGGACUAGUUCUUCCCAAGAUCUUUCACGUCAAUUGGUUCCGCAAGGGUGGCCCUAACAACAGUUUCCUUUGGCCAGGUUUCGGGGAGAAUGCCAGAGUGUUAGACUGGAUUGUUCGCAGAUGCAACAAUGAAGACAUUGCUAAGAAGACUGCCAUCGGCUAUGUGCCGAAAUUCGACUCUCUCAACCUUGAAGGCCUCGAGGAGCCAGUCGAUCUUGAUGCCCUUUUCAGUUUGCCCAGAGAGUUCUGGGAGAAUGAGGUGAAUGCCAUUUACAAGUAUUUUGAUGAGCAGGUCAAUGAUGAUCUCCCCAAAGAAAUAAUGGGAGAACUGAAAAAUCUGGAGCAAAGAAUCCAUACUGAAUUAUAAAAAAAAAUAAAUCUGGAGCAAAGAAUCCAUACUGAAUUAUAAAAAAAAAAAAUCUGGAGCAAAGAAUCCAUACUGAAUUAUAAAAAAAAAGAAAAGCUGUUGAUUUUGUUUUGUUGCUGGAUUUGUCAGAGAACUGAGAUUAUCCUUUGUUAUAUAUAUAUUGAAAAAAAUAUAUUUGAUAAUAAAUCGCUUUGUAUAUCAUGUACAUUAUAUUUUGUAAGCAUUCCAUUCAGUCAUGGUAAAACAAACAUUGUUUUCUAUUAUGACUGGCUAAAAAAACAGUGUGCAAGUAUACAUUUCUAUCAUAUAUACAAACACUUUAAAUCUUGUUGAAAAAAACAAACGAUAUUCCAUUUUGUUUUCAUUUAGUUCAUUAUAAAUUUUUAUUCUGUAUGCAUAUUUUGAUAGUCACAUGUUGUUGUUUUUUAUCUAAUAAACACCUUUUAAAAAAUACAUUUUAAUGUUAAUCUGCGGGGUGAAAUCUGACCCCAUGUUUCAUUAAAAUCAUGUAUAUGGAUCUGAUAAAUCAUUGAAAUAUGCCUUGUCCACUUUUAUUUAGAACUAUUAAUGUUCCUAACACUAAAUGGCUUAUGUUUAACCAUCCAGGGCUUUCAUUGCUUUGUAUUUGCAGGUUUAUUUUCUAGGUAAUUAUAGACCUACGUAUAUUGUUUUUUUUUUUUAAAUGUUUUGUCUUUGACUUCAAUAGCAGUUUUUUUGUUUUUUUCAUUGCAUAAGUCUAGUGCCAAAUAGAAUAUUUGGGGGGUCCCAUUAAUGAUGUGUUAGUAUUUUCUGUGGAAUCAGUGUCUUGUUUGGACCUGUAUAUAAGUUUAUCAGAGCAAGGAGUGUUCAUUGAAUAGUUUGGAGUGUUUAUUUUUUAGGAUUUAAUUUGUUAAUUAUAAGAUUGUUAUGAGUAAAACAGUUACAAAUCUGUUUUCCAGUUGAGUCUUGAUUGUUGUCCGUGAAUGAGAGUUGAAUUUUUCUAUUCUGCGUGAAUUGAAUAAGAAGCUUAACUAUGAGUGAAAAUUUUUUUCAUAAUGAAAAUUUUGACAAUGAUUGUACAUAUGAUGAAAGUGUUUGUUUCUGACCAUCUACAUUGUGCCUGUACAGUAAAUUGGAUCAUAUAUGGUCAUUUCAUUUCCCUUGCCCCCCUUUUUUUUUACCCAUAUGAAUAUCAUAAUGAUCUGGUGAUAUAUCCUUUAUAAUGUACAUAUGUUCCUGUUUUAUUGCAAUUUACAAUGUAAAUAGUGUUUAUUUGUUGAACUUGUGUAAUACUUUGCAAACAUAAACUAUUGUUUACAGUUUGCUGUAUAGGGGCUCUACUUGUCAAGUUUGAAAACUCUGUACAUAUACAUACAAAUGUUAAUAAAAUACAAGAGAUUAAUGUG